AUGUCACUUCUAGUUGCUCUCGUACGCGUCAUCGGGUUUGUUCUAUUCUUUACCGCCCUAUUGCGGGUGAAGAAAACUCGCGUCCGACACCUUCCCUCGCGCCGUACGCGUGUGUCACGGCAUCAAGGUGAGACAUGCAUAUGGUUGGAGCGAUUAACGAGUGCUGUGUUUGACAUUUUUUAUAGCGCGAUGCGUGAAGGGAAUGAACCCGACACGAGGGAGCAGCGAGGGCAAAGCCAAAACAAUUCGUGCGAAGGAGAUUUUGCGGCCAACUCAGCGCGGCGUGAGGAUAAAAGCUGCGGUGGCGGUGGCGGAGUUGGUGGGGAUGCAUGGCGUUUUGUAAGAUUAAUUGAGGAACAUGUGGAGGCACUGCUAGAGGAUCGUGGCAUAGCUGCAUGCGCAACUUUCAACAUACAUUCACUUGGCGAUAAGCCACCCAUUAUACGAGCCAUACGGGUAAUAAACCGUACAGGAAUGGAAUCCGUCCCACCAGGUUCUGCUGCUCCGGCGACAGGGAGUGGCAGCCCCGGAUCUGGUGAUAAAGACACUGCCACGCCUUCCACAGUUGUUGUACCACCCGCCCUUAACGCUAACACCUCCACUAGUAUCAAUGCCACCGGAGUUAAACCAGUGGUUUCGCACAAAACGAAGCUUCGUCCCUCUCAACUUACCUUGUAUCCAACAGGUGACGGUACGGAGAAAUGGCACAACGAAAUGCACCCGGACGAGGCUGUGGCAGCUGCGCCGUCAGCGGCAAACCCCAUUCUAUCGUGUUUACCUCCACUGCCGGCAACAGCAAUUGAACUGGAGGCUGAAGUGGAGUAUGCUGGGGAUAUUGACGUAAGGUUGCAGGCUGAUAUUUGCCUCGCACGUGGAAGGCGAUUACCGGUGUUUAUUCGUGUUAGUGACGUUGAAUACAUCAAAGCCCAUGUGAGACUGCAUGCCACGCUGAAGCAUGAAAAUGCCACGAUGGAUACUCAGCGAAAGCCGUACCUCCAGUGUACUUUAUGGCUUGAAUCGGAGCCAACGUUCUCCUUCAAAAUGUCCACGGUCUUUAGUUUCCAUGGGAUUCGCGAUUUCUUCGCCGUUCCGGUUGUAGCUAAGUUUUUGUUUCUCCGCCUUGUUAACUAUCGCAUGUUGUAUCCGCGUGGCGCGGGUUUGUCAUUUAAUAUUCCCCUCCCAGAAGACGUGGUGGACGGUGGCGUUUAUCCCUGGUUUUCGCCCAUGGAUGACGUUGGGACGGUGGCGACUCCCUCGCUAAAUAGUUUUAUGAUGGGGCGCGGUGCAUUGUGA